AGGUCUUUGUUGUUUUGCUCAGUUCAUUGGUUCACGGUAGGCUGACGGUUCUUCUGUUGGUCGGAGGGCGGGGCCUGUUUUCUGCGCUUUGUCGCGAGGGCGUGUUGUUUGAAACGCGGGAAUUGGCGGUAUUGAUGUUAAGUUGUGAUGACUUUCGAUCGUCUGUUUUUUUUUAACGAUUUAAAUAAACGUUUAAAUAAACGAUUUUAAUGUUUCUGAUCGCCGUUGUGCUACCAAAGGUACUCUCGCCACACAUCUGUUGUUUUAAAUAGAUUUAGAGUGGAAGUUUCCCCGGAAAAGGGGGAGUUUGACAUGGAGUCCUUUCAGAAAGUGGAAAAGAUUGGAGAAGGGACAUACGGGGUGGUUUAUAAAGCCAAGAACAAACUCACCGGAGAGACUGUCGCGCUGAAGAAAAUUCGUUUAGACACGGAAACUGAAGGUGUUCCCAGCACUGCCAUACGUGAGAUCUCUCUGCUAAAAGAGCUCAAUCACCCAAACAUAGUCAAGUUGCGUGAUGUGAUACACACAGAAAAUAAGCUUUACUUGGUGUUUGAAUUUCUUCACCAAGACCUGAAGAGGUUUAUGGACUCAUCCUCUGUUUCUGGCAUAUCCUUGCCACUCGUGAAGAGUUACCUGUUCCAGUUGCUCCAGGGAUUGGCCUUCUGUCACUCCCAUCGGGUUCUUCACAGGGAUCUCAAACCCCAGAAUCUCCUGAUCAACGCUCAGGGCGAGAUCAAAUUGGCUGACUUUGGUUUGGCCAGAGCGUUUGGUGUACCUGUACGGACUUAUACACAUGAGGUGGUAACUUUGUGGUACAGAGCUCCAGAGAUUCUCCUGGGAUGUAAAUAUUAUUCUACAGCUGUUGACAUCUGGAGUUUGGGCUGCAUCUUUGCUGAAAUGAUUACUCGGAGGGCAUUGUUUCCUGGAGACUCUGAAAUAGACCAGCUCUUCCGAAUAUUUCGAACACUCGGCACUCCAGAUGAAUCUAUAUGGCCUGGAGUAACUUCAAUGCCAGACUACAAACCCUCCUUUCCCAAGUGGGCACGACAGGACCUGUCUAAAGUGGUGCCCCCUCUUGAUGAAGAUGGCCGAGACCUCCUUGGGCAAAUGAUGAUCUAUGAUCCUAACAAGAGGAUCUCAGCAAAGAAUGCCCUUGUUCAUCGGUUCUUCCGUGACGUCACCAUGCCAGUGCCUCCCUUACGUCCUAUAAGGGCAACCGUACUUCAGCACCAGUGGACUGAGUGUUGGGUCCACUUUUUCAGAGAACUAUUUCCCAGCUGUUUGUAAAUUCAGUUUUAUAAUCUAUGAUCAGUUGUACCUUUUCUCAAGUCUUUCUGGUUUAUUUUAAUCUGAAGUUUAUCCACUGCAACCUUUGCAUUUCACUGGAAAACGUUUGUUACCUGGAAGAUGUAGAUUUUGCAUAGACGAGAUGUGGUGUUUCCUCAUCCUUGUAGUUUGGAGAUGACAUUCCAGUGUCAGUGGCCAAUAUAACAUGUGAAAUUGUGUUAUUCAUGAAUGCAAUAAGUACAUAUAAGAGAAUGCUCUGUACCAGCCAUUAGACAAAAUCAAACUGUUUAGACUGCCAGUAUCUUUUUUUUUUUUUUUUUUUUUUAAAGAUUAUAUUAUUCUAUUAUUUUAAACUGAUUUCUUUUGAUAGUUUCAUAAAAAAUAUCUUUCUGCAACUUCAAUUAAACUCGUGUUACAUCUUAUUUAUGUUGUGUUACAUAUUUUUUCCACAUUCCGUUCCCUGAACUAACUUUUUCAACAGGCAAAUUAUAAAGGUGAAUUAUAAAGUUGUCUGGUCAUAGUAUUACAAUUUUAAGAGUUCUUUAUCGAAGCACCAUUUAAACAGCAAUAAACAUAAUGGAAUAAAACCACAAAAAA